AUGGACUCCCAAUCGAAAGACCAGCACAACAUGCAGGACGCAGAUGCAGACUACAACUCCUCGGAGUACACACAUAGCAACCUCGACCCCACCAUCGAGUCCAACGAUCAACCCUCCACCUCCUCAACCGCCCAACAGCAGCAACAGUCAGGUCAGGAUGCAGCCCAAUCCGAACCUUCAGCCGUCGACCACAGUCACGCAAUGGAAGCAGUCAUGCAGUUAGCUCAAGCAGCCUCUCAACAGCAAUACGAUUCCGAACAGCAUUCACAGCAUGGUCAUCUAGAAAAUCCCGAGGUCCACCACGAGUCGCUUCCUGUUAACAAUGCAGAUGGUAGCACUGGUGAUGCGAAGCGGGGAGAGAAACGUCGUUCGUCUCAAUCCGGUAGCACUUCCGGUGCAGCAGCGGGGGGAAGGAGGGCAAGCAAAGCAGCAAGACAACAGGAUGAGGAGCAGCAUCUGUCUUCUGCUGCUGCUGCUGCUGCUGCUGCUACCGCUGCCGCUGCAGCUGCUGCUACAGAGGGUGCUUCGCUGCCCUUCCCCGAUAGCUGGUCCGAGGGGAACAUUCCGGCUGAGAUUCAGAAAGCUUAUCAACAACACCUUGCUCAAGCCCAGGCCAACCUUGCACAGCAACAACAGCAAACGCAAUCUUCGAGCUCUGCUUCAUUCUCACACGACGAUGCUUCGCAAGCGCAGGGCUCGGGCGGAGCAUUCAAACCCACCCGACAGCUCAGCACUUCUAAGCGCGCUGCACAGAACCGUGCCGCACAGCGUGCGUUCCGUGAACGUCGGGAUAAGUACGUCAAAGUGCUUGAGUCCAAAGCCACUCGUCUGGAAGCUGCAAUUCGCAUCGCAACCGAGUGCAAGAGGAGGUAUGUAGAGGCCUUGCAGACAAUUGAUGGGUUGAGGCAGGACAAUCAUACUCUACGUGUUGCAUUGGCGGCGUUGAGUGGCAGUGGAGACAACGCGGGACCGGGCCCGGUUAUGAAGGCGGACGAUUUGGCCAAGGAGUUACCUGAGAUCCCGUUGCUGACGACACAGGAGGAGGAAGAGGUGUUGGGUUCUGUUGGUGGACAAACUGGUAUGUCUGGUGGGAGUGCCGGUGGUAGUGGUAGUGGAAGUGCGAGUGCGAGUGGAGGAGGGCAGAGUUUGGAUUCGUUGAGUGCUGUGGCUGCUGCUGCUGCGGCAGCUGCACACGGUGAUGGGACCGGAGCAGGUACGGACGGUGGUAAGGUGACGCAGCAGCAGCAGCAGCAGCAGGGUGCUGGAGAGGGAGAUGAGAGUGUGAGCACCCCUCCUACUCCCACCUCCGCAGGGGAGGGUAAGGGCGUUUCCGCAGCAGCAGCAGUGACAGAGAAUACGAAUGCCAGUGGAGUGUCGUUGCCCCCUGUACCCUCCGCCACUACUUCUAGCACCACAGGUGGUGCUUCUGCGCAAUGA